GGCGGCCGGAUACUUUCACUAUUGUCGAGCACGCCACCGCACCAGCUACGUUCGACGGCAUAUAGUAUCCAACAACCGCAUAGUAUCUAUCGCGAGUUUUCCGAGUUUUGAGACAGGAUAGACUGCGGCAGCGCUCACCCGGUCGACGGAUACAACCUUAAUACUAUUAUACAUAUAUGACCCAUACAAGAAGACGCGUCUCAGUUGAAAAUAUCAACAUGAGGUGUCGGCCGGCGUAAACGUAGCGCGCGGGAAGUAUCCUUUAUUGUAUAAUAAUACAGUGGUUUUGUUGGCAUUUGUGAGUGUGUGUGUGUGUGUGUUUUGUGGAAAAACACCUUCUGGCAACAGGAAGCAAACGGCAGUAGACGUCUUCAGACCAAAGCGGCGGUAAUCUACGAAAAGCACAGACGUUACAAUGGUAACGCGUUACACGGAUCUCCGGGUCCUCGAGACGUUCCUGGUGCUGUCCGUCGCACUGUGCAGGACGGCCGACGCAGUGCUCUCCGUUAACGCCACCCCCGAAUACAUUCACUCGUGUCGCAAGUCAGAUGCACAACUCAACAGUUGCAUAAAGGAAACGUUCAACCACCUCCGACCGUACCUCAUCAACGGUAUCGAUGAGCUGACCGUGCCGCCCAUCGAGCCUUUGGUCAUACCCAAAAUGCAGAUGGAGAAUGGUCACGGAGCGGUCAGGGUGAGGGCUAUACUGAGCAACAUGACUAUACACGGAGCCAGCAAUUACACUGUGUUAAACGUCCGGAGCGACAUGAACAAGUAUCGCAUUGACUUGGGACUCUUCAUCCCGCACAUAGAAGCCACCGGUAACUACGACGUCAACGGCAAUGUACUGUUAUUGCCGGUCAGGAGCCGAGGAGAAUUUUGGGCACAAUUCGAAAACGUAACGGCGCUGGCCAAAUUGUACGGAGUCGAAGUGAAAAAAGAGGGCGUGUUGUUCAUGAAGACCGAGAGGUUGGGCAUCGGGUUCAAAUUGGAAAAGUCGGAUUUCAAAAUCAAAGAUUCCAUCAACAGGCAAAACGUCAUAGGCGAAGCGAUGAACGUGUUCUUGAACGAGAACUCGGCAGAGAUAAUCGAAGAGAUGAAGCCCGCUGCGUCUCAAGCCAUCGGCAAGCACUUCAAGAGUUUUUUGAAUAACGCUUUCUUGCAGAUACCGCUAAAGGUGUGGCUUAAGGACGCCGAAUAGACCGGACCGAAUAGACCUUACGAGUGGAGUACCUACUACAAGUGCGUUCGAACUAAUCGCAAACACUCGCCAGCUCUCUAGACAUUUGUUUGUCUUGUCAUGUUUUUAUUUUUGCCAAUUCAUAUCUAAUAAAUUUAUUAGGUCUCCCUCCUCCGCACAAAGUCAACCAGCGUCGUCCAGUUUAAUUACCUCGACCAAGGUGUACCUAUACUAUACAGUGACCUAAUUAUAUAUUUUUUUAAAUACAUGCCUUUUUUUUUUAACGCAUUAUUAUUACUAUUAUUGUUUUUAUUUUUAACGUUCUUCCGAAUGAACGUAGGUAGGUAAACCUAAUCUAAUGUUACUUUUAAGCGAUUUCAUUCUCAUAAUGUGUAAUUUGUAUUUUAUAUAAUAAUAAUAUGUAUAUGUAUAGGAUAUUUAUUUAAGUUACCGCACACAAAACUUUAAUGUAUUUAAUGUAAUAUUUUCUGUUUUAAUCGCACUAUGGACGUUAGGCGUAGUACACUAUGAUAGUUCUGCCAUUAUGUUAUGUAAAUAGGUGCAUACGAAUGUAAUUUGUUUUUCAUGAUAAUCAUAUAAGUAACUAUAUAAUAUUAGUUUAUACAUACCUAUAAAAUAUUUUAGCUGUAAUAACGAUAAAUAAUAAUUAUUAUUAUUAUCAUCAUCUAUACAACUUACUAAUCGCUAGCCUUGUAUUUUUUAUUGUUUGUUUUUUUAUUUUACCUAUAUCUAUUAUUAUUAUUAUUAUACUAUUUUAAUGCAUAUUAUUUUUAACGUGCGCUGUCGGGUGUAGGUGCAAUAUUGUCUAAACGGCAAAAGAGUCCCUUAUGCUUUUAGCUGGUCUUUUGCAACCAUUUGUAGGUUGAUGUUUUUUCAGCGGUCUUCAUGUUUAAACUCAGAAACUUGUGCGUUCAAAGUUGUUUUUUUUCUUUUGACAUGUUUUAAAAUAUAUUAUACUCAUUAAAAUUACUAUAAAAACAAGCCGCACGACCACGCGGGUAACCAACGAACUUUGUUUGCAAGGUUGAACAAUUAACCCUAUAUAUUUUUUUUUGUUUUAGACUAAGAUUAAAGUUUCGAUAUAAAUAAUAUAUAUUAAACGAAAAAUAUUUUUGUAACAGUAAG